UUAACAGUGAGUGAGAGUGGGAGCUGAUCAGUGUUCGGCGAGCUGAUUUAUGCAAAUCCCAGCCACAGAGAGAGAGAGAGAGAGAGAGAGAGAGAGAGAGAGAGAGAAAAGACAGAGAGACUGAUCGUGCAUUCUGUCUGAACCUCCGGCUGAUGUUAGACAGAGGCAGCCCUCUCUGCAUCCUGAACGCUGUGGACAAUCGCCUCCCUAUGUCUUAAGUACACCUGCGAGCCAAACCUGCCAACUGCUCAACGGGAUUUUUUUUUUAAAAAAACAAGACAUUUUACGAACAAAAAACCUUUUGUACUUUUUUUUGGUGUGUGUGUUCUUUCUCCUCACGGUCGAGGAUGGGACGAGAAGGGGCCGAGAUACGGACUUUCUCCGCUGACCUCCUUCUUCUCCUCUGCCUCGCUGCCCACGUCUGCUGCCGCCUUUGCCCCGAGAAGGCGCUGGAGAACCGGGAAGAGGAGGCAAACGUAGUGCUGACCGGCACGGUGGAGGAGAUAAUGAACGUGGAUCCCGUACACAAUACCUACUCUUGCAAGGUGCGUGUCUGGAGGUACCUGAAAGGCAGGGAGACGAUGAACAACGAGAUCCUCUUGGACGGUGGGAAACGAGUCAUGAUCUGCGGCUUUGGAGACCCCUUGAUCUGCGACAACCAGGUCUCCACGGGUGACACCAGGAUUUUCUUUGUCAACGUGGCGCCGAAGUCCAUGUGGCCGGCUCACAAGAACGAGCUGAUGCUCAGCUCCAGCCUCAUGAGGAUAACGCUCCGGAACCUGGAGGAAGUGGAGAACUGCGUAGAAGGACACCGAAGGAUUAGCUAUGACAAACCGGUGAUGAACUUCACUCCAGCCCCUCCAACGCAGGAUGUGUGCCGAGGUGUCCUCUGUGGAUUUGGGGCCGUGUGUGAAAGGGAUCCGAGAGAGCCAGACAAGGGAACCUGCGUCUGCAAGAGAGGUGCCUGUCCAUCGGUGGUGGCUCCUGUCUGCGGGUCGGAUUACUCCACGUACAGCAAUGAAUGUGAGCUGGAGAUGGCCCAGUGUACUCAACAACGUAGAAUCAAGGUCAUCAGCAGGGGGCCUUGCGGUCUGAAGGAUCCAUGCAGUGACGUGACUUGUGGAUUCGGCAGCUCCUGCGUCCAGUCGUCCGACGGGCAGUCGGCCAAGUGUAUCUGCCCCACCACGUGCAGCGGGCAGCCGGAGAAGGUGGUCUGUGGCAGUGACGGCCAGGAUUACCGCAACGAGUGCGAGCUGAACAAGCACGCUUGCGACCAACAUCGCAACAUCUACAAGAAGUCCGACGGGUUCUGCGACCCCUGCAAAAACGCUCAGAGUGACCUGAACCAGGCGUGCCGCGUACAGCCAAGAAUGCGCAAGCCAGAGGUGCUGUCGCGACCGGAGAGCUGCCCAAAGGAGGACAAUCCCGUCUGUGCCGAUGACGGUCAGACCUAUGACAGCUUGUGCGUCAUGGAGAGGAUGGGAGCUCUCAAAGGCAUCAACCUCCAGAAGAUUCGCUUGGGACCCUGCCUGCCCAGAGACAAGUGUCAGGAAGAGUGCAAGUUCAACGCCGUGUGCCUCAGCCUGCGGGGGAGCGUCCGCUGCUCGUGCGACCGCAUCGUGUGCGACGGGGCUUACAAGCCCGUGUGUGGUCAGAACAGCCAGAGUUACAACAACGACUGCGAGCGCAAGCAAGCGGAGUGCCUGGAGCAGACGUCCAUCCCAGUCAAGCACCAGGGCCCUUGCGACCUUAACACUCUAAGCCCCUGCCUGAACGUUGAGUGUGAUUUUGGGUCCAAAUGCAUUGUGAAGAAUAACAAAGCAGUAUGUGAGUGCCAGCAGACCUGCCAGAGCGUGUACGAGCCUGUCUGUGGCAGCGAUGAACACAUUUACGGCAAUGAGUGUGAAUUGGAAGCCAUGGCCUGCAUUCUGAAAAAGCACAUCACUGUCAAGCACAAGGGUCCCUGCGAUCGUUGUGGAAACUGCCAGUUUGGUGCCAUCUGUGAGGCAGAGACGGGGAAGUGCGUCUGUUCCACGGAGUGUGUCGGCUCUCAGCAGCUGGUGUGCGGAACAGAUGGGAACACGUACAAUAAUGAAUGCGAGCUGCACGUCCAGUCCUGCAUCAAGCAAACCGACAUCCAAGUUGCAAGUCAGGGAGAGUGCAAGCAAUGUGGAUCCUCCAUUUGCCAGUUUGGGGCACAGUGCAACGACAGUCGGUGCGUCUGUCCCCGCUGUGAGAGCCAGCCGAUCAGGUCGGUCUGUGGCAGUGAUGGGAUCACCUACCUUCACCUCUGUGAUCUGCAGUCUGCAUCCUGUCAGCAGAAAAGGAAAAUCGAGGUCGUUAAGGAAGGCCCUUGCGAUGACGAAUGUGGCUCAGGGGGGUCUGGCUCGGGUGACAAUAGCGAGUGUGAACAGGAGAAGUGCCGAAAAUAUGGAGGAGUUUGGGACGAGGAUUCCGAAGACGGACCGUGUGACUGUGGAUUAUCAUGCCAAGGUGUCCCCCGGUCUCCUGUCUGUGGAUCUGAUGGGGUGACCUAUGACAAUGAUUGCACACUGAAGUUGACGCGGUGUAAGCUUAGAAAGGACCUUCACGUUAUCGUGCCCAACUCCUGCAAAGAUGCACUUCCAGCGUCCGUCCCCGAGCAACACUGUAGUAAGUCCGUCUACGGCUGUUGUCUGGACAACAUUACCGCUGCCCAGGGCGUUGGCCUUGCAGGAUGCCCAAGUACCUGUGAGUGUAAUAGGUACGGAUCGUACAGCGAGACCUGUAAUCCCAGCACGGGUCAGUGCUCCUGCAAGCCGGGUGUGGGAGGCUUGAAAUGCGACCGCUGCGAACCUGGAUUCUGGAACUUCCGAGGCAUCGUCAUCGAUGAGAAAAGCGGAUGCACCCCGUGUAACUGUGACCCACUUGGGUCUGUUCGGGACGACUGUGAACAAAUGACGGGACUUUGCUCCUGUAAGGCAGGGAUCAGCAGAAUGAAGUGUAACCAAUGUCCCGACGGCAGUAAGCUGGGCCCGAACGGAUGCGAUCAAGACCCGUCUAUUUCCCAGACCUGCGACGAUGUUGUUUGUCAGUACGGAGCGACUUGUGUGCAGAGUGUUGGACAAGCUUACUGUGAAUGUCCGUCUCCCAUCUGCCCGAAAGAUAAACAGUUCAAGGUCUGCGGCUCUGAUGGAGUAACCUAUGCAAAUGAGUGCCAGCUCAAAACCAUCGCGUGUCGCCAGGGUACAGCGAUCACCAUCGCACACCAGGGGCCAUGUCAAGGUACUCCAUCAAGGCUGACCCCCACAGCCUCCAGCAAUAACGGGCUAACAACCAAAUGGUCAAAGUCAUCCCCAUCACCUCUCCCACCUACAAUACACAAAGAGGUCGUUCCGUACGUUCGAGUGGGGAAGCAAAGUGUAACGCAUCUUGAAGCAGAGCCUCCCUCCCUUACCUUCACACAAACCACAAUAAGACCACUGGACCAAGCCAAGAUCUCCACAGUUACCGGAGGCCCUGUCGUCACUGGCUACCCAGCCACUGCCCCGCCUGCGAAGUCACUCCUGCCAUCCGAGCCACCUGACCUGUCGGGCAGUGGGGACUUCAGCGGGGACACCGAUCUGGAAGCGAGCGGUGACGUGGAGGCGAGUGGAGGAGAGCCUCUGGUUUUCAAUGACUCCUUGGCAGAAACUCCAACUUCUGGUCCAGUUGAGAGGUCUACCUGUGACAAUACAGAGUUUGGCUGUUGUCCUGACGGAAAGACGCCAUCUGUUGACAGUGAGGGAAGCAACUGUCCACCUACUAAGGUAUUCCAAGGUGUCCUUAUUUUGGAAGAAGUAGAGGGCCAGGAACUUUUUUACACUUCAGAGAUGGAUGACCCGAAAUCUGAACUGUUUGGUGAAACAGCAAGGAGCAUUGAGAGCACUCUGAAUGAAUUACUCGGGAACUCAAACGUCAAGAAAGAUUUUAAGAGUGUCCGGGUACGUGGUCUGGGUCCCAGCAACUCUGUGCGGACUAUCUUUGAAGUCCAUUUCGAUCCAAGAACAAGAUACACUUCCCGGGAUGUACAGAGGGCUUUGCUUCAGGAAGUGAAACAAUCCAGGAAGAAAUCUAUCGUUGUGAAAAAACCAGAAGAGGACAACAUCAAGAUCAUAGACUUUGAUUGGGCGCCUGUCCUGUUUACGACGACCAGCACGACCACAGCUGCUACCACAGUCCCCGUCACCACCACGUUUUUGCUGGCCACCCUCCCGCUGGCCAUCACCAGGCGACCGCCACCUGCCACCACCAGGUGGCCGAAAGUCUUCCCACAAGCCAAGUGGCCCUCGUCCACCGUGAGGCCAGCCACCACCCGGAGACCGCCCUUCCCCAUAAAGACCAAUGUCAAACCUCCCAGGCCUUGUGACUCCCAGCCCUGUCUCCAUGGAGGCACUUGUGAAGAUGAUGGAGAGGACUACACCUGCAGUUGCCCAGCCGGCAAAGGAGGAGCGGUCUGCGAGAGAACGAUCGUGUACUACCUACCUGAGUUUGGGGGUAGAUCCUACCUGGCAUUUAAGACGAUGAGGGCUUACUACACAGUGCGGAUCAGCCUGGAGUUCCGUGCCUCUGACCUCAAUGGAUUACUUCUGUACAACGGACAGAAAAAGGGGAAAGACUUCAUUUCUCUAGCCCUUGUGAAGGGCUAUGUGGAGCUUAGGUUUAACACAGGCUCUGGAACAGGCGUCAUCACCAGCAAAACACCGAUAAAACCCGGAAACUGGCACCAAGUGGUGGUGAAUCGGAACCGGCGUAACGGGAUGCUCUCAGUGGACGGUGAACCACACGUGAUCGGACAAAGCCCCAGUGGAACAGACGGGCUCAAUCUGGACACAGAUCUGCUCCUGGGUGGAGCGCCCGAGGAUGAGAUGGAAUUUGUCAAAGAAAGAACAUCAGCAACAAAGGGUCUGCGAGGAUGUAUUCGCCUGCUGGAUGUCAACAACCUGAUCUACGAUCUGCAGGAGAAAGGCAACGAUGUCUUGUACGGCAGUGGGGUGGGGGAGUGUGGUAAUAACCCCUGUGACCCCAAUCCCUGCCGAAACAAUGGCAAGUGCCAUGUGAAGGAGGCAGAGAUGUUCCACUGUGAAUGCGUCGGCAAGUUUUCAGGACCAACCUGUGCUGAUAAGCACAACCCAUGUGACCCGAAGCCCUGCCAUCCAUUGGCCACCUGUAUGGUGUUGCCUGAAGGUGGAGCGAAGUGUGAAUGUCCAAUGGGGCGCGAAGGAGAGUUCUGUGAAAGAGAAUCCGAGAAGGACCAGGGCAACACUUUCAUCCCAAAUUUUAAUGGAUAUUCAUACCUGGAAAUGAAUGGAAUCCACACAUUUUCCGAUGACUUGUCUCAGAAGCUGUCGAUGGAGGUGGUGUUCUUGCCCAUGGACCACAACGGAAUGAUCUUCUACAAUGGGCAGAAGACUGAUGGCCGCGGAGAUUUCGUGUCGCUCAACCUACGGGAUGGCUAUUUGGAGUUUAAAUAUGACCUCGGCAAAGGACCUGCAGUAAUCAGGAGUAAGGAACGCAUCCUACUCAACGUAUGGAACACGGUUACCGUAGAACGGAAUGGUCGGAAAGGCUUAAUGCAUAUUAACAAGGGAGAACCCAUCUCUGGCGAAUCCCCGAAAUCACGCAAGGCCCCACACACAGGUUUGAACCUCAAGGAAGCUUUGUAUGUGGGAGGUGCACCGGAUUUCAAUAAAUUCGCUCGAGCUGCUGCGAUCACCUCUGGCUUCACGGGUGCCAUUCAAAAGCUGUCAAUAAAAUCCAUCCCACUGCUAAAGAGAGAAAAUAUUCGAAAUGCCAUCGGCAUCUCCAACUAUCGGUUACACCCUUGCACUGCACAGAUCAACCCUUGCAGGAACGGUGGAGUCUGCAGCCCGAGGCAAAGAGAUUAUGACUGCAUGUGUCAGCGCGGCUUCUCGGGGUCGCAGUGUGAGAAAGCACUUGAGGAGAAGUCAGCAGGUGAAAGUGAAUCUGUUGCAUUUAAUGGGCGUACAUUCAUUGAGUAUCAUAACUCAGUGACAAGGAGUGAGAAAGCUAUACAAGUUAAUUAUUUUGAGCUGAGCAUCAAAACAGAAGCAACGCAGGGCCUGAUUCUAUGGAGCGGGAAGAUUGCUGAGAGAUCAGACUACAUUGCGCUGGCUGUAGUUGAUGGCUUUGUGCAGAUGACGUAUGACCUUGGGUCGAAACCCGUCAUUCUCCGGUCUACAGUGCCAGUUAACACCAAUCAGUGGGUCCGGAUCAAAGCUAACAGAAAACACAGAUAUGGGACUUUACAAGUGGGAAAUGAAGCCCCCGUAACCGGGUCGUCUCCUGUUGGUGCCACACAGCUGGAUACAGACGGAGCACUCUGGCUUGGUGGAAUCGAGAAGCUGGCUCUCGGAAGCCGAUUGCCGAAGGCUUACAGCACUGGAUUUAUAGGCUGCAUAAAGGAUGUGAUUGUUGACCGACAGGAGCUCCAAUUAAUCGAAGACGCCUUGAAUAAUCCCACAAUAUUACACUGUCCAGCCAAAAAAUGAACAGGCUAUGCCUACUGCUGUAAUUAUUUUCUAUUUUUGUAUACUUUUAUUGCUUUUUAUAUUGAAAUUUUUUUUUUUGUUGCAGUAUAUCAAGCUAAUCUCACAAGCAAACCAAACAAUCAAAACGUCCUCGGCUAUAGCUACACUGUACACAGUUAGUUCGGUUGUACUUGAACCUGUGAUAUUUGGUGCUGGUGUUAUCUACUGUCUUCAUUGAAUUGAUUUGCUCCACAAUCUAAGAACUAGUUCAGCCCUUCUAAGUCAAGUUCAAGUUUAUUGUCACAUGUAUACUGCUAAAUGAAACAACAUUCUUCCAGACCAAGGUGCACAACACAGUACAUAAAAUUCACUCGCAACACGAAUGUGUAAUAUUUCCAUAAAUAGUAAGUUGCAUUCAUGACACAAGUUGAAAAGUAAACAGUAUAAUGCUACUGUUGCAUCAUGUGUGAUGAGACCUGGGUGGUGACAGAGAGUUCAGUAGCCUCAUGGCAUGGGGGAGGAAGCUGUUUCCCAUCCAAACAGUUCUUGUCCUAAUGCUACAGUACCUCCUGCCUGAUGGUAGGGGGUCAAAGAAAUUAUUGGACAGAUGGGAGGGAUCACUAAGGGCUCUACAUACACAGAACUCCUGAUAAAUAUCUCUAAUUGUUAUCAGAAAGAUCCCAAUGGUGAUUGGUAGCAUUCAGCACCAUUAUGAUCACUUACCAUGGAGCGAAUAUGAUAGACUUGGUUACUUAUUUGUCCCCUUGUGUCAAAUUACCACACCCAAUAAAACUCCAGAUAUUGUUUAUUCCUUUGCUUGUAAUAAACGAUGCCAUUUUGUUUGUUCAAUUAUAUACUUCUUUGAGAAUUAGACUAUUAGACAUGUCACAAGACUGAAUGAGGCAAUGCAAAAUGUAUUUGUGGAAACUAGAGAUGAGAAAUUAUUACUCAAAAGCAAAUGCAACUGGUGUGGAGCCUUUCCCUUUUGCAAAUAUCAACGAGAGACGUCAUCAAAUUAAUCAGGACCUGUAAUAUUUUUUAAAUAGAUUUUCACAAUAAUACUAGGCAGCACAGUAGCAUAGCGGUAAGUACAUCGCUUCACAGUGCCAAUGACCUGGGUUCAAUUCCUGUCACUGACUGAAAAGAGUUUGUACGUUUUCCCACAUGGCCGCAUGGGUUUCCUUCCACAUUCCAAAGUUGUAUAGAACAUAGGUUAAUUAGUCACAUGGGUGUAAUUGGUUGGCAUGGAUUCGUUAGGCCGGAAGGGCCUGUUACUGAGCUAAAUAAUCUUCAAUUAAAUGUUUGACAUCAUCGUGCUUCUGCUCAAAACAUUUUUGACUAAUUUUAUAGUUAGACGAAGAAAAUUUGGAUUAGAUAAAGUAAUGCAAUCUUUUGUGAAAUAUUAUUGGAGCCUCGAUAUUGAUAGGCAUUCCUUCAUUCUGUCCGUAAUAUAUUGCUCACUGUUCGUUACAGCAAUCCCACAAAUUGAGGUAAACAUUUACUGCUUUCCAUUGACAGGCAAAAUGUGGAAAACGUAUAAAAACUUCGGUUCCAUUUGGAGAUCCUUUUAUAAUGUGCUGACAUUAUGAUUUUCCAGGCACAGAAAUAACUCCACUCCUUGUGUUACUGACUGUGUAUAGUGUUGGCCAGUGUGUGACAAUGCUUUUCGCAUGACACUUGUGAGAUUGCAUGUGGCCUGAAGGUCUUGGACUGUGAAAAAUAAGCUGAUAUUGUAAGGGUGAUGGAUAAAGACCAGUAUUCUGAUAGAAAUGACAGUCAAGAAGCAAAAAGCUUUGUUCCACAUGUGGCAUGCCACUGAACCAGCCCCAUUAUAUAAUUUUGUCCAAAGCUGCUGCUUGUUGUAGAUGUACCACAUCUACAGACUUGGCCAGUGGAAACUCCAUGGGCAUUGGUAAAGCUGUAUCCACUUGGGGCUGUUGGGGAAGGUUUGCUGAAAAUGAGCUUUGCUUUACUGAAUUAUGAAAUAAUUCUUCUUCUAAAGCCUGUCACCCCUACUGGGGCAUAGGCCACCGACAGUAGCUUGCCAGAGUCCUCAUUCUGGGCCAGUCUUUCAAGUCCAGGUGUAGCCCAUCUAUAUGACUUCUAGGCAAAGAUCCUCCCUCUCCCAGGGUUGAGGUCUUUGGAGCUCCUGUUGGCAUUUCUGUAGCUCUGGGUUUUUAAUGGGAUGGGGUUGUUAGCCCCUUGCCCAGUCCUCCCCCUUUCGCAGCCGGGCUUGGGGGCCAUCCAUGGCAGAGUUCAACUACAAAAUACGCCAAGGAUUUUGCAAGUGGCCAUGAAUGUGUCUAGACUGCUGUAAAAAAUUUGGUCUUUGCAAUGUGCACUGAUUCAGAUUGGGAUACUCGUCAUCAGCUUUAGUCAUUGUUUUUUUUAAAAAAUUUCUAACUCCAUCAUGUGAUUUUUUUUCUUUCCAUAGGAAGUACAGUUCAGCCUUAACAAUUAGUAUGCAUUCCUGGUAUUUCCAUAUAUUAUAUGACAGUCCAACGCAUUUCAUUAUAUGGCCCUGUGGUGAGGUAGCCUAUAAGGAAUUUGUUAGAAGUGAGACGAGAUAAUGCAUUGGCAAAGAGAGGCAAAGUGUCUGCCUAUUGUAGAUGAUGAUAAAGAUCGGAAUGUUCUUCUAAUACGCAAAUGUUCUUCAUGGUAGCGUGGCAGCGAGACGCUAUUACAGCUUGGGGCAUCAGAGUUUGGAGUUCAACUCCGACGCCCUCUGUAAGGAGUUUGUACGUUCUCCCCAUGUGAUCAUGUGGGAUUCCUCCCACAGUCCAAAGACGUACUGAUUAGUAGGUUAAUUGGUCAUUGUAAAUUGUCCUGUUAAAUAGGCGGGUUGCUGGGCGUGGCGGCUCGUUGGGCCGGAAGUGCCUGUUCUGUGCUUUAUCUCGAAAUAAAAAUAAAUAAUUAUUUUGAAGGCCUUCCCCAUUGCUGGAGCUGGCAUGUUUUAUAACGUAACUUGGCCAAAAGAUAGUCUGCAAAGGGCAAUGACAUUUGUAAGGCCUCACAGUGUGAUAUUGUCAUCUGUUCGGUCUAUAAUUAAUUUAGGUGGUUGCCAUGGUUUCAAUCACUGUCAUCAAGUCGCAGGUUUCUCUGCAAUAUUGUUUAUUUUGAUGCUUUUAUCAAAUGACCUCCGGCCCUUUGCAGUGACCCAAAAUUUCUGUACCCUGUUGACCUUAGCUUGCUUACUGCACCAUUAUUACCUGCGGCAGCAAGCACCCGGCCCUCUGAAACACAGGUCACUCGGUUUGAGGGGAGUCCAUGGAAUGAUCUUGCUUGUUUGUCAAACUGGGAAUUAAAGAGAUCAAGUGAAAAAAGAAACAUUCCAAAUGCUGUGUCUUGUCUUCAGAGAUGUUUGUGAGAAAAGUGUGGGGGGGGGCACGUGGGGAGGCCUGAGAAAUGCCUUAAAAUGCCAAGUUCGCCAACCAUGCGGUGGACCCCACCUGCACACACCUUGUGUGGUGCACAUAUUUUUAUUUGAUGUUCUAUUGCUGACGUUUUAACUCUAGUGUAAAAACUAUUCAAGCCCUUUUUUUUUAAAAAAAGAAGAAAGAAAUUGCUGGUUUUAUUUAUGUGUUUCCAUACAAUGUAUUUUCAGGUACAUGGUCAUUGAAAACUGCUGUAAUUAAUCUGUAAGGACACGACACAGUAUGUGAUCAGCAUGAUGUAACCAUUACUAACUUUAUUACUCGUGUUGUUUGGCCAAUCAUCAUGAAAUAAAAUGUAAAACUUCGAAACAUAUUUGA